AAGAAAGAAUAGACAUCUCCUAGAAGUGACCAGAUCUCUCAUGUUAGCUACAAAUGUACCCAACCAAUUUUGGGGAGAAGCUGUCCUCUCUGCAACCUACCUUAUAAACAGAAUGCCCUCCCGAAUCCUCAACUUUAACACCCCUUAUUCUACUCUCCAAACCUCAUACCCUACGAGUCGUAUCCUUACAUCUAUUCCUUUGGAAAAUAUUCGGAUGUUCAGCCUUCAUCCACAACCUCAAUCCUCGUCGCAACAAACUUGACCCGAAAUCCAUCAAAUGCAUCUUUCUCGGCUACUCCCCCACCAAAAGGGGUACAAAUGCUAUUCACCCCAAAACAGGAAAUUCUACCACACCAUGGAUGUCACCUUUUUUGAGAAUCAACCUUAUUACCCAAAAGUUGGCAUUCAAGGGGAGCAGACUUAUCCAAUUGAAGUGGUAGAAUCCCAACUUUUGGGAUUUGAGCUAGCUGAAUCUGUCCCAAAUACAGAGCCAACCAAUAUUGCACCUACACAAGAGGAAAUUACAAUAGAAAAUGCAGAAAACGCAACAGAAUUUGCCCAAAAUGUAGAACCAGCCGAGAUUGCACCUGUAGUAGAAACUGAACAGGAAAAUGCAGUAGAAAUUGCACCAGCUGAAGCUAGAGAGAGAAUUGCAUCUCAACAGAAUCAAAGCCCAGCCACACAAGGAGACAACUGGACGACAUACUUCAGGAAGAGAAGGAAGAUAGUAGAGUCCAGCACAGAUCCAAGGCAAAGCCAUGAAUCCAACCAAACUCCAGAAAAUGAGUUUUCCCAAGGGGUGUAGGUCUUUUGUGGCAGCUCUUGACAGCAAAAAUAUCCCAAGGAAUGUUCAAGAAGCACUCCAACAACCUGAAUGGGCAGCAGCUGUAAUAGAAGAAGUCCAAGCCUUGGUUAAAAAUGGCACGUGGGAAAUCACCACUCUACCGGAAGGAAAGAAAUCGAUUGGAUGCAAGUGGAUAUUCUCCAUCAAAUACAAUGCCGAUGGUAGUAUAAACCGGUACAAAGCUCGACU